AUGGACGAAGAUUAUACAAAAUUUACUAAUCAAUUUAUUUUUCCAUAUCACUUUAGUGCAGAAGUAGAGCAGUUAAGGUAUCAAUUAACUACAAAUAUUGGAACUACUGUAAAAAAUUAUCGAAGUAAACAAAAAAAGAUGAAAGAAGAUAAAAAUGCAUUUAAAGAACUAAUAACAGAACCAAAUAAUAGAUGGGCAUUAAAUAUUAAUUCUAUUUCAUCAGCAAAUGAAGAAGAAAAAGGAGUGACAUGGAGUGAUUUAUUUGAUGCAUUUAUUAAUUCAAAAGGAUAUUCUAAAAAAGAGAAAUAUGAAACAUUAAACUGUUUCUUUUCUCCAACACCAAAACGAUAUAAUCAAAAUACUCAAAAUUUUUUAUUUCAAAGUAUUCUUCCAAUAAUUAAUGAAAUUAAUCAAAAGGAUUUAAUGACACAAAAUUGUAGAAUUGCUGAAUAUGAUUUAAUUUCUAAUGUUUUUGGUAAUUCAAUGUAUAUUGAUUUUGCAUUAAAUCAAAAUGAUGAAAAUAUUAAUUAUCAUAUUAAAAUACUUUUUGAUGAAAUGUUAAAUCAAGUUAUUGAUGACUUUGAUAAAGAUUCUAAAUGUUCAUUUUCAAUUGCUUUAUUUUCUAUGGUUAUUGGAUUAACUCAUUUUACAUAUAUUUAUGACUUCAUUAUUCCUCUUUGUGAAAGAGUUAAAAUUUAUUUAAAUUAUUUUGUUGAAAAUAAUGAUGAAAGUAAUAGUAUUUUAUUCUUAAAUUUAGUGAAUUAUAUUAAUAUAUAUUAUAGUCAUAUUAAUCCUUCUCUUUUCAUUCUUUUAAAUAAUGAUUUGGUUCAAUCUAUUAUCACUCCAAAUUAUAGAUUAUUCUUUUCUUCUAAAACUGUUUUACUUGAAUAUUAUAAUAUUCUUCUUUCUUUUAAUUUACUUGAAGAAAAAAUUGCAAAAGAUGUAUUACUUAAAGUAUUUAAUGGAAUUGUAUUAAACCAACUACAAGAUACUCACAUUACUAUUAAUCUUUUUAAUGAACAACAACAAACGUUAAAUAAUAACGUGUUUAAUGGUCCAAAAGAAGUAUUAAAUCUUACUGCUAAAUUGUUUAGUAAAAUGAUUAACUAUUCAUUUAAAGAAGAAAAAAAAAUUGGUGUAAAACAACCUGAAAAUGGAUUGUUUUUACUUGGAGAAUUAUUAAAAUAUUUUGGAACUCAAACACAUUCUUAUCAAUUAUUUAAUUGUUGUUUUAUAAUGAAUGAAGCAGUUAAAGGUUUAAUUGAAUAUAACAAAGUUGAGAGUGAAAGUAUUGAACUUGUAAAACAACUCUUUAUUUCUGUUCAAAAUUGUACAAAUAAGGAAUUACGGUUUAGUUCUAUUCAAUGUGAAUUAUUAUAUUCUGCUUCAUUAUUAUUAAUAUAUAAUAAAAUGGAAUUACAACCGUUAUCUAAUGAAUUUUUUAAAGCAAUUAAUUCCAAAUCAUCAUUUAUUCUCCAAAAAUUAGUUGCUUUUCAUAUACUUUUUGAUAAUAAUUUAUCAUUACCUUGUGAUCUAUCUUUUUCUACUUCUUUAAUUCCUUUAAUUUAUCAAGGAAGAAUUAAAGAACAAAAACAACUUAAUUGGAUUGUUGAACAUUUUGAUGAAAUUGUUUUACUACCACUUUCAUUUAACAUUAUUCAAUGGUUAUUCUUUGGGAUACCUUUUACCAAAGAUACAAUCAUUUCAUUUUUUAAUCCAUCUUUUGAUAAAGAUGAAUUUAUUGAUUUAUUUGAACAUCAGUUUUUCUAUGACUUUGACACUACUACAAUUCCACCAAUCAUAAAAAAAGAAAUAGUCCCUGAUAUUAGUACUGUUGUUGUUAUAUCACAAACUCUUCGUUUAACUUUAUUUAAUGAAUUUCUUCUUUGUAUCAAAAAACAAAAAACUCCAACAACAAUUAAUGAAUGUAAACUAUCAAUAUGUUAUUAUCAAUUAUUAAAACAAUUGGUAUAUUCAUUAAGAGAUAAACCAUCAGAAGAACAUAAACUAUUUAUUAAUAAAAUUUCUUCAUUAUGGAAUAUUUGUCCUGACAUUUAUUAUCAAAAUGAUUGUCAAAAUAUUCUUACACAAGGCAUAGGAAGUGAAUAUGCUGUUGAAUAUAUAACUUCUCAAAUUAAAGAGGGAAAAGAAGUACCACUACAAUUACUCAAAGUAAUUGAACAAUUACUAGGAAAUUCAACAACACACUGCUUCUUUCAUGAUAAAAUUAUUUCAAAAUUAGAUUCUGCUCUAUUUGAAUCAAUAACAGUAUUUCCAAAGAAAUGUUAUAAAGAAAUUGUUGAUUCAUUAAAGAAUUAUACCUCUGAAGUUGCAUUGUCACUACUUAAUAUUAUAAAAGAACUAAAUCAAUAUAAUUAUUCUUUUCCAAUGAAUUUUAUUUGUAAAGUAUUAUUACAUAUUAAUAGAAACAUUAAAACAGUUGAAAAAUUUGUUGAAGUUCUUAAUUCACAUCCUUUGAUGGAAGAUUAUUUACAAGCAUUAUAUAAUGACUGGACAUUCUUUUUUAACGAGUCUUCAUUAGAUAGUCUUUUUUCUUGUUUUAAAUAUACUCAAAAUGAAGAAGUUAAAAAUCAGAUUGAACAAGAAUUAUCAGACAAUUGUUUACCACUCAUUAAUAGUAGAAAACUCUUUAUGAAUAGUUCAAAUGAACAACUUAUCCUUUACAACCUUCAUUUUGAUAGUAUUAAAGCUGAAACUAAUCCAAAAGAUCUUAGAGUUAAUUUAAACAAAUUAGUUGAUGAGUUAUUAAGUCAAAAUGAAUCUAGUGACUGUGCAUUAAAAACAAUAUCAUCAUUCCUUUUUUAUUAUAAAUGCUCUCAAUGUACAAAUGAACAAAAGAGUAUAGACUGUUUAAUGAAAGCAUUUGAAUUACUAAUAGAUAAAGACCUUAGGAUUUAUAAUUUUUUAAUUCAAGACACAUUAAUAGAUUUCUCACCUUCAGCAAAAUUCAUCAAAAAAUGGUUUGAAAAAUAUUCAAUGUUAUCAAAUUUUCCAUUUGUUUAUAUGGUUGAUGUAUUUGCUGAUUUCUUAAAAAAAUAUAAGAAAUCAAUAAUUCCUUUGAUAAUACAAAAUUCAAAAGCUGCUAAUCAAUUAUUAUCAUUAAUGAAUUACUCAUCAAUUAAACAAUUAAUUAGUCGUGAUAUUGAAAUAGUUAUAGACCAAUAUUUAAAUAAAGAAGAUAUUGAUAUUAUUGAUAAAAAAGUAUUACAAAAUUAUAUUAAUAGUCAUUAUGGUAAAAUAAUGAGACUUUAUAUUGGAUCAAAUUGUUUUGAUUCUUUAAUAGAACAUAGACCAAAACAAUUAUCUCCAUUAUCAUUAAUACAUCUUAUUUUUUCAAAUAAAAUUAAUUCUAAUUAUAAAGAAAUUGUUCAAUUUUUUUAUAAAUACUGUAAUGAUGUGAUUAAUUAUUCUAAAUCAACUAAUCCUAUUAAACCUGAUUUAAUGAUUACUAUUUCUUUGUUUGUUGGUAAUUUAUUGAAAUUACAAGAAUUUAUUAAGGAUGAAACAAUAUUUGGUUUAGUCAUUCAAUUUAUUAAUUCAAAAAGAAAUCACCUUCAACCACUUUUCGUUAAACUUAUUUUUUCUUCAUUAAUUAAUUAUGUUCAACCAUCUUCAAGAAUAUUUACUGAACAAUUAAAUGGAUGUUUAAUUAGUGUAUUUCAAAAUGAAAUUGAAAAAGAAUUAGUUGAUAUUCAAGAAGAAAAUUAUGAAAAUGCUAUUCCUUAUCCUGUGUUUAUUCGUUCUUUAAUAAUUAAUAAUCCAUAUGUAUUUAUUAAAUCUGCAUUAUUAUUAUCACAAGAAUAUAGAGAAUUAUGUAAUUCUGAAAUGAAAACUAAUUUAUUAUAUGUUCUUCAUGAAAUAAAUGAUUCGGAAUCUUUAUUUAAUACAUCAUUUAAAAAAAUGUGGGAUUUUAAAAUACUUACUUCAUUUAAUGAAACUUUAGAAUUAAUUUUAUAUAAAAGAGCUACAUAUCUUUUACUUACAUUACAACCAAGUAUUGAAAUAAUUCAAUUUAUAUACUUAUUAAAAACACAAACACAUUAUUAUCAACAAAUAUCAAAUAAAUUUAAUGGAGUUAUAGAUGCUAUAAUUCAAAGCAAUUCAUUUGACGUAAUAAAAUUUGAUUCUUUACAUCCACAUGAUAUAAUUAAUGAUUUAAGUAUACAACUUAUUGAUUUAAUGUAUGAUAGAAAUGAAAAAAUUAAAAAUACCAUUAAACAAAUAUGUUGUAAAGAUAAUUUCUCUUCUAAACUUGUUAUUAACUCAUGUAUUUAUGAAAUUACAAAAAAUCCUACUGACCAAUUAGUUGAUUUUAUUUUAAAUCAAAUGUCACAUGAAGAAAAAAGAAAGAUAUUAUUACCAUUUAUUUCAAGGUAUUAUACAUUAACAUCAAAAUUAUAUCAAUUAUUUGAUCUUUCUCAAUUAAUUCAAGAUUCAUUACGUUGGAACUAUUCAUUUAGUGGAAUUAAAUUCUCAGAAAAUUUAAGGUUUACAACGUCUUAUAAUGGUAAAUAUAAAAUAUAUAUAGAACGUCCACAAGAAAUAACUAAUUUAAAUUUAAUAGAACAACCAUUAGAAAGUAUUAAUGAUUUCAAAUCUAUUAAACAAAUUAUUGGUAGAAAAAUUGAUGUUAAUUUAGAAGAUGGAUUUGGAAGACUCUUACUUGCAGAAGCAGAAAGAAAGGGUAUUGAAACUGAAUUGAGAAAUAAUGGAUUAUAUCAUUGUGCAGAAGUAUUAACUAAUUUUAAUUCACAAACAGAAGUAACCGAUUUAGACUAUUCUAUUGCAUGGAGAACAAUGAGUGAUUGGGGAAGUAUUGUUAGUUAUAAUACUUCUUUAAAUGAAAAUAAAGACUUUAAUCUUUGGAAAGCUCUUAAAUUUAAUGAAAAAGAUGCAUUAAAUUUAUUUUCCAAAAAAGCAUUUGAUUCACUAAAACAUGGACUUAUUGAAGAAGAUUCUAAAGAACAAUUAAGUUCUUCAAUUGUUGAUUGUUUAAUUGUUGAUAUUGUUAAAAGAAGAAAUUGUGAUAAAGUAAAAGAAGAAAGUGUUGACUGGAUCAAAGAAUGUGGUGUUGAUUAUCAAUUAAUAAAAAAAUUAUUUGAAGUAAGUAAAGUUUGUAAUAUUCCUGAUAAAUCAUUAACACAAAGCAAAUAUGCAAGAAAAUGGGGGUAUUCAAAUGAAGCAUAUCUUGCUCUGUUAUGUUCUACUUAUGAAAAAGAUGAAAAAUGGUGGAGAGAAUAUGCUAAAAUUAAAUAUCAACAAGAAUAUCAUGACACUGCAUUACUUGCAUUAAAAAAUUCAAAUGAACCACAAACUGUAUUAUUAAGUAUUAAAUUUAAAUCACAAAUUCAUUUUGAUAAACGAGAAGAAAUGACUGAACUAAUUCAACGAAUUGAAGCAGUUAUUAAAGAAAGUGAUAAUAACAAUAAUGUUAAAAAAGAAACAUUAUCAAAAAUUCAUUUUAGAGUUGCUCAAUAUUAUGACCUUCAAGCACAAGAAAUAGAAGAAUAUAAUAAAAGUAAUAUUGUACAUGACCGAGAACAAUUAAUUGAACUUAAAAAGUCACAAUUAAAAAAAGUAGAGUCAGGAGAAAUACAAUUUGUUGAUCAAAAAUCAAAAAAUAAUUUUAAAGCAAAAUUAAUUAACGAAGUUAAUAUAUUUAAAAAUGAAAAAGAAUCAAGAGAAGAAAAUAUUAAAUUAUUUCAUCAAAACGCUAUUCUUAAUUAUUGUCAAUCACUAAAAUUAUCUAAUAAUUAUGAUUUAUAUUCAGUAUUAAGAAUAUUAUCAAUAUGGUUUAAUUGUAAAAGUGAUAAUAAUAUUAAUACUACAAUAUCCAAUUAUUUCUUAAGAAAUACUGACACUAUUGAUUUAUCUAAAUUACUUUCUGUUUCAUACCAAUUAAUUGCAAAAAUGAAUAACUCUGUUCCUGAAAUAUCAAAAAUUUUAAAUAAAAUCAUUUAUCAAAUUGCUUUAAAAUAUCCACAACAAACACUUUGGCAUAUUCUUAUGUUAUAUAACUCUAAUUGCCAUCCACAAAAACCAAAACAACCCCCCUUAUGUGCAAAAAAUCUUCUUGAUGAACUUUCUUCUAAAGAAAGUAUUUCAUCAAUACUAAAUCAAAUGCAUGAAUUAUCACAUUUAUUAAUUCAUUUUGCUUAUUUACAAAGUGACUCUAGUUCAGGAAAAGUUCCUUUUGCAAAAAAAUCAUAUCCAUUAGUAUCUAUUCCAAUAUGCUCUCCUAUGACAGGAGAUAAUUGUCCAAGUAUUGCUGGAAUAUCAAAUGUUUAUUCUUUAGUUGGAGGAAUUAGAGCUCCAAAGAAAAUGGAGUUUUUAGGAAGUGAUAAUAAAAAAUAUUCAUUCCUUCUAAAAAGUGAAGAUGACCUUCGACAAGACGCUGUAAUGCAACAACUUUUUGAUUUAUGUAAUCGUUUAUUUAAACAACAUCAACAAACAAAACAAUUAAGGAUUAGAACAUAUAAAGUGGUUCCAUUAACUAAAGAAAGUGGAAUGUUAGAAUUUGUUACAGGAACAGAACCUUUGUUUAAUGAAUUAUCUAAAAUACAUGACUUAAUUCAUCCUGAAGAACCAACAUUUUCAAGUACAAUGUCAGCAUUAGACAAAGCACAUAAAAAUUUUAGAAAUAAUAAUUGUUUAGAUAAUUAUUUUGAUGUAUUUAAUAAAUGUGUUAAAUCUUAUACACCAUCAUUUCAUAAUCUUUUUGACCAAUUGUACGGUAAAGAUCCAAAACAUUUAUAUGAUAUGAAAUUAAAUUAUAUAAACAGUACAGCUGUAUCAUCAAUAAUUGGUUAUGUCUUUGGUAUUGGAGAUCGACAUAACAAUAAUAUUAUGUUUGAUGAAGCUACAGCAGAAGUUAUUCAUAUUGACUUUGGAAUUGUUUUUGAAUUUGGAAAAAAACUUCCUAUUCCAGAAAUUGUACCUUUUAGAUUAACAAGAGAAAUUCUUGAUCCUAUGGGUGUGUUAAAGUAUGAUGGUCCAUUUAAAAGGUGUUGUGAAAAUGUGUUACGAAUUCUAAGAGAUAACAAAGACUUUGUAUUAGCAAUUCUUCAAGCUGUAUUGUCUGCUCCACCUAAAAAAUGGACUGACGAAGCUUUUGAAAAAUACUUAAAACAAGUUAAAGUCAAAGAUGAAAAACAAAAUCAAAAUAAAGAAGACAAAAAAUUAAAUGAAAUAAAAUCAUGUCAAAGUAUUAUGUUCAAUACUAAAGAAAAGCUUAUGGGAAUUGAAGGUGGACAAAAUUAUAGUGUAGAAGGACAAGUAAAUGAGAUUAUAAGUCAAGCAGCUGAUAUUGAUAAUAUUAAAAAAAUGUAUUGUGGAUGGUGUCCAUGGUGUUAA